AUGCCUAGAGUCGUCGGUCAUACGCCGCCGUGGCUCUGUCGACCAUCACCAGCUGCUUCGUUCUUUACACGAGAUCCUUCCAAAAAGCCCGAUAGUCGGACGCAAAAUGGAACAGGAGAAUAUAUAGGACCACAAAGGACUUUGGCUCAUCGCGACACCGAAGUGUUUGCUGUAGUCGACAAUCAAAUACGUUGGGCAGAUUUGUCGACAUUGAAGACCGAAUGGAGCCCAAAGCCCAAAUCUUCGCCAAAGAAAAGUAAAGCUCCUACGAAAAAUAGAACAGAAGAUGAUGUGAAGAGUGACCACUACCGGAUCUUAACGGUCCCUGUUUAUGGCCAAAUAAAACAGCUGGUCAUCUCACCAAAUGGUGCUUAUAUGGCCAUCGUCACUGCGCACACCGUUCAUAUUGCCAUACUGCCAGAUCGAUCUCACCUUUCCAGCUCCGAUAAGGCGCCCCUCCGCUUAAAGACGUACCAACUAGGUCCUACCACACAUGUCAUUCCAGAGUCCCCAGUCGUUUCAGCAUUAUGGCACCCGUUAGGAGUACAUUCGAAUGUCGAGGCUUGUAUAGUGACCAUCACGGCAGAUGCUGCGGUGCGCGUGUGGGAACUGGAUCGCAAUAACCACUGGUCGUUUGAUCGGCCGUCUUUGGCGAUUGAUCUGAAGAAACUAGUUGAUGGAACGUCUUCAGACGAGGAUUUCACUCCGCUAGGUUUCGGCAAGAACAAAGGUUUCUCUGCAGACUCUUUUGAUAUGGAAGUGGCCUCUGCUCGUUUUGGUGGCACAGCUCAGCCAGCCGAAGAUGCUUGGGCGCCGAUGACUUUGUGGGUUGCUAUGAGACCUGGGGAUUUGUACGCGCUGUGUCCAUUACUUCCUUCAAAAUGGCAGGCCCCACCGGCGACCAUUCCUGCACUCUCUUCCACGAUCGUUCCAAAAUUGACUGCAAUCGAGGAACAAUAUUCUGGAAUUGAAGGUGCGGAAGAUGACCUUAUUGCUUGUCGACAGCAGUACGAAUGGCUCAAAGAGAUUGACGAUCAAGAUUCGGCAAAUAUCUCGGAGGUGGAUGGAUCGGAAAUUCUUAACCGCCCUAAUAACCCAAGUGUGAUUCCUCGCUUGCAAGGUCCAUUUCAAUUCGACUUUGAUGAGCAGUUUGAUGAUCUGGAAGUCACCGAUUUUAUCAUCAUCCCUGCUAGACUAGACACUGCAGCAUUAAUGACGGGGGAGGAUGACGAGGGUAUACUCGAAGAGAAUGCGCAGGAAGGACUACCUUAUACGACAAUCUGUUUAUCGACAUCGAGCGGACGGAUUCAUAUUUGUCUUGAGCUAGACGGAGUGGAAGGCCAGUGGCUUCCAAAGGCUAAAGCAAAUACAUUCACAACUCCGCUCUCAGAGCCAGCAGACCUCCUUCUCGUUGAGUCUUUGGAUACCGUGAGGGAGAAUCUACGUGAAGCUAACUCCUGGCCCACAUUUACUCUGGACACCGAUUCUCGAUACUCUUUCUACCUCACAACCGCCAACAACGUGUCGUUUAUUUCGUUGUCUUCCUGGGCUCAGAGAUUGGAGGCCGAGCUGCAAUCUGAAGAUACAUCAGGGUCCCAGUUCCGGCUUAAUGUGCUCUGUGAUGGAAACAUUGCUGUCCGAGAACUACUCAUCCAGCUGAACGAGAAUGACAUUUCUUCAGCUGAAGAGCCAAAGCAUCUCACCAAUGCCGUGCUUUUCUCCGACUAUGAUCUCGGCCAACUACUUCUGACUUAUCGGGGAUCGACUCCACAAGCCGUAGAACUCGAUGAGCAGCAGAAUACGGUUCUAGCCUCUUUUUCCGAGUCGUUGCGUGGCGAUUUCGACAAAACGGCCAGUCAAGGUCUCCAGCCACUCGUCAAGCCGCGCCGCACGCCGUACCAAGUUCCUGCAAUCUUCUAUGCAGACGAGCCGUUGAAGUCUUUUAUUGAGGAACAUGUUCCACACAGACACAGAAACACGCUGCAAGAACCUCUCCGCCUCUCCCCGUCUACACUCGACAUGGUCGCAGCCGCUCACAGGGUCCUUGCCGCCCAUACCGGCUCACUCGAAAGGGCCGCAGCAGACCUAUUCCGGCGUUGCGAGCGUCUCCGCGGCGAAAUGCGCGAUCAACUCGAAAGCAUCGCUACAGUCGCAGAUCGCAUCAAGAAUGUCUCCAGUCACAUCGGUGAGGACGGUCAACGACAAGAGGGAUCCCGAAGCGAGGAUGCUCUUAAUGAUCGACUCGACGCAGCGAAACAGCGACAAGAAAAACUUGCACAGCGAUACGCGGAUAUACGAUCAAAGAUGUCGAAAUUGGGUGGUCGCCCACUCAGUGAGAAGGAGAAGAGUUGGGUGGGAGAAGUCAAGUUGUUAUCUACUUCUAUCGAGAAGAAGGUUGCGGAAGACGUUGAAGACGAUCAAACCAUGAAAGCGCGUCUGGAAACGGCUAAAUUCAUCGCCGAAGACUUACUCGCAGAAGCAAAACAAAUAUCGAAGACCCAACCAACCACAACAGGACAGGAGGAACAAGCGGUCAACAUCGGUGCCUCCGAACCCAAAAUUCCGCAGAAACUUCAACGCGCCAAAGUUGCGGAUGCGAUGAAGAUGGUUGACAGAGAAUCUGCGGUAAUUGAUGCUAUAACGACGCGACUCGAGCGGUUGAAUACGAGUUUCUCAUAG